GAUGGCAACGGUUGCCUCAUCGCCGGCUGGUUGAUAGGGAAAUGGCCAUCGCCGGUCUCUUACGAACGCGACUGAGAAACGAGCGAAACAAUAGUAUUUCUGCGUAACUCGCGAGUUUGUCGCAGUUCGCGGUCAAACGCGGGUACGAGGUAUUGGUACUUAGUAAUCAGCCGCGGAAACGGAACGUCAGUGGCUGACAAGACUUCCUUGAGUCAUUUUAUGGCAUAGAAUAUGCUGGUUCUGAAAGCGACCGUCGCUAAUUGCAUCCCCAAACGCUCCCGUAUUCUUCAGAAUUUUUUAUCGAGAGCAAACUCCUCCGCAUCGAUCAAACCUGAGGGAAAGAUGUCGUUCGAAGAAGAGAAGAAAAAAUUCUUGAAUAUGCCGGUAGAAGAGAAGAGGGCUUUGUACAAGGGACAGGUGAUUACUCUGGAUCAAAUUCCCACAUGGUCGGAAUAUUGGAAUGAGAACAAGUCUACCAUUGCCAUUAAGGAUCUUAAAAAAACUGAGGAGAUUGACGAAGAUUUGGCUACAAAAAUUUCGAUAUGGCAAGGGGACAUAACAUCGCUUGAAAUAGAUGCCAUAGUUAACGCUGCAAACUCGAGUUUACUGGGAGGUGGUGGAGUUGAUGGAGCUAUUCACAGAGCAGCAGGAUCAAAUUUAAAAAAAGAAUGCGCAACACUAAGAGGAUGCCGAGUUGGCGAGGCUAAAAUUACCGGAGGCUACAUGCUACCAGCUAAAUAUGUUGUUCAUACGGUUGGCCCCCAAGGUGAGAAACCAGACAAAUUAAAGGAAUGUUAUGAGAACAGUCUAGCUUUGGCUAAGGAGAAUAAUUUGCGCACUAUCGCAUUUCCAUGCAUAUCGACUGGAAUUUAUGGAUACCCACAAAAACCAGCAGCCAAAGUAGCUUUAUCAACAGUCAAAAAGUUCCUUCUCAAAAAUAAGGAUGUUAUGGACAGGGUUAUCUUCUGCUUAUUUUUAAAAACUGACAAAGACAUAUAUGAAGAGCUAUUGCAAAAAUAUUUUGCUCUUGAGUAAGUAGCUAAAGUGGCAACUCCUUUUAUUUCGCAAUGUUUUGUUACAUUUAGUAUGAUCUCUUUUAAGGUUGUAUCUGACUGGAAAAAUAUUAAUAUAUACAACAUUGUAUGUAUCUAACAUAUAA